UGGGGUGUGUGUGUUUAAUAAAAUAAAAGAAUAAUAAUUCCGACUAAUAAUAUAAUGGGUAUAGAGAGAGAGAUAGAUAUCAAAAAAGGGAGGUAAGAAAGCCCACGGAAAAGAGUGUAAAUUAGAAAGACCACACGGGAAGAGGCUUGCCUUUUAAAUCGGAAACGUUCUGGUUGAAAUAUAAAAAAAGGAAAAAGGAAAAAGAAAAAAAAAGAGAGAAAAGAACCAAGAAAAACCAAACAAAUAAAGAGAGAACCCCCCCCAAAAUGAGACGCCUUAAUCCCUUUUUCUAAAAUUCUGGUCUCCAGUUUCCAUAUGUAAUGGCUAAUUUGGAGAUGGCUUCCACAGUGAACAGGGGAGCAGCAGCAGCAUCCUCAACACAAUCUCUCAUUAUCUGGACCUAGACAGUUAGAGACUGUAAGAGCAGAGAUGCAACCUUCAGUCUUCUUGCUUAGCUCUGCAGCCUGCGCCAUGAAAAUCCUUUUCCUUCCCAGUUAUCUUCCUUGGGUUUUUAUUUUUUUUUUUUUCCCGGCAGCGGCAGUCGCUCCAAUCCUCUCUCACUUUUUCUUGCUUGCUUCUCCUUCCUUUCGCUCGCUCCUACCACCAAGCCAGAGUGCCCAGUAUACUGUAAGCCCUUGAUUUCAGCUGAACAGGUGCCGAGGUCUCGCCUCCCAUGGCUUUUCCGCACAGCCGCGGCGCUCGCUCCCGGCGGAGGUGCCUGGAGCCGCGAGUGCGACCCGCACACCGCAGUUAGACCCGCACAGAACUUCAGUCAACCGUUUCUCUCCCCAGGAGAUGGGUGAAAUGUAACGUGGAAGGAUGUUUGUCAUUGAAGUAAAGCUUAAAGGUCGUGGCAGAUACCUGAUUUUCCGACGCUAUCGUGAGUUCUAUGCCCUGCACACCAAACUAGAGGAGAGAUAUGGGCCAGAGAGUGACAAUGGCCCAUUCACCUGCACACUCCCUGUAUUGCCAGGAAAAGUUUUUGUUGGUGCCAAAAGGGAAAUUGCUGAGAACAGGAUUCCUAUCCUAAAUGUCUACAUGAAGAACCUACUCUGCCUCCCUGCUUGGGUGUUGAUGGAUGAAGAUGUACGACUGUUCUUCUACCACUCAACCUUCGAUAGUGAGCAGGUGCCUCACAGGCUGAGACGGCUUCGCCCACGGACACGCCGAGUUAAAAGCAUUUCACAUCAAGUACCUAUUUUUGACCGCACAGCAGCUCCGCGGGCUGAGGCACUGUUUGAUUUUCCUGGAACCAAUAAACUGGAACUCAGCUUCAAGAAGGGAGACUUGAUCUACCUACUCAGCAGAGUAAAUAAAGACUGGUUGGAGGGAACUGCUAAUGAUACCACUGGGAUUUUCCCAUGUGCUUUUGUGAAGAUCAUAAAAGAUUUACCACAGCAGGAAGACACAGUCAAUAAAGUCCGCUGUUAUUACCACAGUGAGACUGUGAGCACUAUCAGGGAUAUCUCAGUGGAAGAGGAUCUGAGCAGCAUUCCAUCAUUCAAAGAUCUCAUGGAAUUGAUGAGGCGGGAGUUUGACCAAGAUGACAUUGCUUUGAAUUAUCGGGACCUUGACGGGGAUCUGAUCCGGUUGCUCUCCGAUGAGGAUGUUGAACUCAUGGUAUCUCAGAGCAGGAGAAGGCCCUCUGAGAAGCACUUUUUUCCUUGGAAGUUGCACAUCACUCACAAAGAUGACUUGGGUGUCUACAACACUAGUCCAGGAAUAGAUGCUACUCAAAUAGUAGGAGCAAUAUUGCCAUAAUUUUCUCUUCAUUUGCUGAUAUGAACAUUUGUGUGCCAGGGCAUAAUUAUUUCUGUCAUGUUGGAGUCUGACCAGGCAUUCAGAGUUUCUUCUAGAAGGAUCAAGAAAACUUUUUUGUACUUCAGUGAAGAAAUUGCAGCCCACCUUAGCUUUCUUCUUUCCACUGCCCAAUAUAUUGAAUUUUUUGAAUCAAACUUAGUACACCUGUGGUGUUCCUCAUAGACCUUUUUGUAAUUGUACAGACUACUUAUUUCUGCAUUCUGGGAAAACAUGCAUGAUGCCUAUUCAAACAGGAGUUUAUUCUCUAUCUAUCUUCUGCUUUUGGACACUUCAUUUCAAAGGAGAACUAACAAGAAAUUACUGUAUCAGAUUCUUCAACAAAUAAAGUUAAAUAUGAGUUUAUCAA